AUGCCUUUUGCACCAGUAGGCAGUGAUGGCGUACAGUUCUUCUAUGAAGACAGCGGGGCGCCCGCCGCAUCGGAUUCCUAUGUUACCCUUGUGUUGAUACACGGCGGCGUCUUUCAUAGCCCGAUAUACCGGCCCAUGUUCAAGCACGCAGCGGAUCACAACCUGCGCUUCGUAGCUUUGAAUCUCCGGGACUAUCCCCGCACCACACCUCUGUCCGCAGCCGAACUCGACGCGCUGAGAACCGGCGGGAAGGAAACUCAGAGAGCCGAAAUUCGAGCCCGAGGUUUGGAGAUCGCUUCUUUCAUUGCGUGGUAUAUCGAACAUGAAGGCAUACCAUCUAUCACUUUCUCGUCUGGUGGCGACCCUGUCUCCGGGGGUGUAGCGGUGCUUGGAUGGUCCAUUGGGAACUGUACAACGAUUUCCAUGCUUGCAAAUGCGGAUACUCUUCCGUUAGAUGUGCAAGGCUUGCUUGGUCGGUACAUGAGAACGCUCAUCAUAUACGAUCCCCCGUAUUUCGCCCUCGGAGGGCCCGAUAUGCUGAGGUUCAGACCUCAGAUGAUCGAUCGCACAAAAUCUACAAAAGAUCUGGGACACACAUUCUCUCUCUUUGUGUCAGGAUAUUACGCUCACUCGCCUUCAUUCCUAUCAUCUAUCGCUGAUGCCGAUGAGGCACAGCUUGAUGCUGGCAUGGUAGGACAUCCUAUCCUCGACCCCCCUCCGCACCAUGUCCCUACACUCAACCGUAUGACUGACGCACAAUUGGCCGAGUGCGCCGACUACUCUGUUUAUGAGAAGUCGCAGGUGCUCAUGAUACGUGUUGACCGGACUAUCUACGAUGACAAUACACGCCGUGCCCUGUUCGACAAGACGAUCUGGCCCCAUCUGCGCGUCGAGUAUGUCUGGCUCGACAUGUCCCCGGGAGAAGGGCGUGCGGUCAAUGUGAGGAGAAUCGAAGGAGCAAAUCAUUUCCCUCAUUGGGACCAGCCCGAGGCCACUGCGAAAUUUUUUGGAGCCUUAUUUUAG